ACGGAAGUCGGAAGCUAGAAAUAAAAGUGAAAAUAGAACGUCUACCUCUCGUGUUAAAAAAGCAAUGCGUCAAACAAAAUGAAAUACACAAGAAUAUUAAUAGUUUUAACAAACAAUAUAGUUAACUAAAACACGGUUGGAGAUUAUACACAUGGGGAAGUUUAAAACAAAACAGUUUGAUCUAAAAUCAGCUCAUGUCUUCAAAGAUAAAGUGAAAAAGAAGGGCCAAGAAUUUAAGUCAAAACAGAAUAUUAUAAAUAAGCAGAAAUUAAAAGACAGUUAUAAACAUAUAAAUGGUGUUAAUGAUUUAGUCACUGUCACCUCUAACAAACCAAAAAUAAAAGAUGUGAACUUAGGCCUUUCAAAACAAGUGGACAACAAAACAAAAGAUGCUCAAAUUGUACAGGGGCAAGUGUUAAAGAACUUUGAAGAGCAAGGCACAGUAGACAAUCAUAUUAAAACAUGUAAAGACGUUGUUUGUGGCAAUGCAGUUGGAGAAGUACACAAUUCACCUGAAAGUGUGUCACAAAAAGCUGAAAAUGCACCAAACCCUAGUAAAAUCAUCUCUAAUACUGAAAAGCCUAACAAAAAAAGGAAAAAAGCUUCUAAGAAAGAUCAAAAUGGUUCAUCUAACUGGAUGAAGCUGUGUAAGGAGCUAAACAUUGAUGCAAGUAAAAGAAAAAAAAGUCCUAUAAAAAAACAAGUAGAAGAAGAAACAACAAAGGAAAGCGAUACAAAAAAGGUAAAAACUGAUGUUUGGUUCGACAAUGUAGAUUCAAUACUUGUUGAAGGUGAGGAAUCCAUUGAAAGUGGGAAAGAGGGAGAUGAAUCUAAACUGCAAGAUUCAAAUGAUAAAUUAGUAAAGCCGGAUUCAUUUAAAGGACUAACCAGUUGUGUUGCAAUGGAUUGUGAGAUGGUAGGAGUUGGUCCUAGAGGGGAAGACAGCAUAUUAGCACGCGUGUCCAUUGUCAACCAUUUUGGAGUUUGCUUGUAUGACACAUUUGUACUGCCAAGAGAGAAGGUUACUGAUUACCGAACUUUCGUUAGUGGUGUUACACCUGAAAAUUUAGCCACAGGUGAGGAAUUCACUAUAGUACAAAAGAAAGUUAGUGAUAUCAUUAAAGGGAGAAUACUGGUUGGACAUGCACUUCGUCAUGACUUACAGGUCCUGUUUCUUACACACCCUCAUAAAAUGAUUCGAGAUACCAGCAAAUACAAGCCCUUCCGUGAUCUUUUUAAAGGAAAAAUACCAUCAUUGAAAAAGUUAACUGAAAAAUUGUUAAACGUAACUAUACAGGAGGGCGAGCACAGUUCAAUUCAGGAUGCCCAAGCCACAAUGCGACUCUAUACAAUGCACAGACAAAAAUGGGAAAAAGAGCUGAAAAUGAAUAAAAAAGUCAAAAAGAAGGAAGACAAAAAGAGUAAUUUAAAACAAUAAAAAUUUAUUAUAAA